AUGGCCGGGGCGCGGUGGCAGAGGUGGACGCGAGCGCCACGGCAAUCACGCAUCGGCGCUCGCCCCAGCCCCGCAGAGGUCGCGUACGUCCAGAUCCCCACCAUCCCCAGCGAGCUCUUGUCCUCCUCCGUCGUGUCGUACCAAGACGGUGUAGAUCUGGAGCAUUUCCUAGCGCCGGAUCUCGGAGAGGUGAAGGACGACUGCACGGGGUUCUACGCGGGCGCGGGGCAAGCGCGCGAGGUAUGGGCGUCCGUCGAGGAGUUCGGGGCCGUGGGCGACGGCGCCAUGCCCAACACCGCGGCGUUCCGGCGCGCCGUCGCGGAGCUGGGCGCGAGGGCCGCCGGUGGGGGAGGGGCCAGGCUUGACGUGCCCCCCGGGAGGUGGCUCACGGGCAGCUUCAACCUCACCAGCCGCUUCACCCUCUUCCUGCACCGCGGCGCGUUACCUCUUCUAACAUCACCAUACCACCGUACUUCAUUUCAGAACUUUCUGUCAUCUACCCAUCCUCUUAUUGGCCAUUUGUGUGUGUCUCUCCGGAGAACUGGAGACCUCAUUGGGAGGUUACCUUUGUCGGCUAUUGCUGCAUGUGAUGUGAAGGUCAAUACAUUGUGUAAAUUGAUCGACCAUAGGGCAGAAUUUGAUCCUCUAUUGGUCUUGUCAUUAUUGUACAAUGCUGCAAAACAAUCUCCUGGAGUCUCUGUUAGUAACAGCAAUUUCUGGAUUCAGAGUGAAAAGCCUUAUUCUCCGGAGGCUGUUGACUCGGCACUUGAGUGUUGGUCUGGUACAACAGAUCCCGUAGAAGUAGAGGCAGUUCUUGUUCCCUACAUAUUGGAGGAUGAACUGAAGACAGUAAGAAUUAAUCUAGGAGAUAAUGAACAUUAUAUGAGUUAUGUUGCAGCAGAGCUCUCAGCAAUUGAUUCCUCUCAUGUUCUUGUAUCAAGAACAAUUGGAAAAGCAUCAUCCGAGAUAAGACUGUAUUUUGCAGCCGCAAAUAUACAUGUUGUUUCUGAUAUAUCAAAACAUGCACUUGAUUCUCUUGGAGAUGGUGACAUCAACUGGCAAGUAAAUAAGCGAGCUUCCUACAUUUGUGGCCAAACAAUUUAUGGAGAUGCACUCUUGGCAAAUAUUGGAUACACAAGGAGAGAUUCGGAACUUCACACUGAAGAUGUCAAUCUAUGUUCCUAUUACAGGAUACUUCUGGGCAAGUUACCUGAUGGAAAUUGUAAGAUGUCUAGGGAUUCGAUUCUUGCAGCGGAGCUUCCAUCUGCAUACUCUCGUUUUAGUUGGAAAGGCCUCUCUCCACGAGAUCUCCUUUGCUCAUUUUGUCGCCUUCAGAGGUUGCCAGAGCCCCAUUUUGUUGUCAGUAGGGUUUCCUGUGAUACAUUAAUGUUGGCUGUGAGCUCUGAAGAAAGAGGAGCACCAGCAGGCAGCGCAGAAAAUCAGUACACCAAUGAUGUCAGGAUCAACAAGGAAAAACCAGAUCUUUUUAAAUGUGAAGUGAACAUACGUUCACGGAAGCAAGAAAUUUUACUAGAGUAUUCUGCAGCUGACACUUGGAGCAAGGAAUCUGAUGCUAUUCAGAAUUCUUCAUUGAAGGUCUUGAUUUGGUUCAAUAAUUAUUUUAAGAGACUAACCUCAAAAACAAGCAAGCUAUAUCUUUCUGAGUCUACUGCUGAUGUCAAGGUACAUUCAAAUAUUUUUCUUCAAGAGUUUGCAAUGUGUCUAUCUGUUUAUGGCAAGAAUGGAGGCAGUGAUUCAGCAAUGUGCAGUGCAGUUGGACCAUUUUCUAUGGAUACACGAAAGAAGCACCUUGAAAGCACUGCAAAGUUAACACACAUUGAAGGUCCAGACUCUGGUGUUUUCCCGUCCCACUGAUCAUUGACUUGUAUAAGUUAUACUGCUUCCCUUGUGACGAAGGAUAAAGCAAAAACAUAUUUGUUGGAGAGCCACAAUGAGUUUGAGUUUGAGAUUGGGACGAGUGCUGUUAGUAAUCAGCUUGAAUCAUGUGUAACUCAGCUGUCAGUGAAUCAAACUGCACGUUUUGUAGCUGAACUGCCUCCUAGGGAUUUAAUCAUGGCUGCAUCUUGUGAAUUCUCACCAGGCCAUUCA